AUGGCGACAUCUGUGAUUGUAAAUCGUCGUUUAUUGGAAAGUGUUCGUGAUGAACCAAAGAAAAUGCUGCUUCCUAUAUCUGGCUAUGAGAAAGUUAAUGUUAAAACUCUUGAUGAAGCUUGUGAUCCGAUAAAGCAUAUGUUCGGUAAAAAGCUGCAACAAUAUAUUACUAUAGCCAAAAUGAAUUCAACUGAACCCAAGGAUGGGCUCAAUCCAGAUGAAUCAGCGGCCAUCCAUCUAUAUACUAUAGAAUGGGAUGUACAUGAAAAUAGUCUUUACAUGAUAUUAAAUCGAACUCUUCGUCUGGCUGAUCGCACAAAACUUCAGCCAUGGUUCAAACAUAGCCAAUAUACACUUGUUUGGCGUGGUGUACGUGAAGAUCUUAGUGAUCUUUAUCCAAAGGGCAAGGAAUUCGCUUGGUGGGCAUUCAGUUCGUGCACUGCUUCAAUGAGUGCCCUUGAAUCACCAAAUUAUUUGGGAAAAUUAGGUGCAAGAACAAUGUUCUCUAUUCAAACUAAUAGUGGAAAAGAUAUCCGUGCUCAUUCAUAUUUUGAAAAUGAAGAUGAAAUUCUUCUUCCUCCAGGUAUUUAUCUUAAAGUUAUUGAUAGCUUGAAUCCAGCUGAAGAUUUACAUAUUAUUCAUCUUCGUGAAGUUUCGCCACCAUAUCAAAUGAUUGCUGAACCUUUUGAUCUUACUCAGCUAAAGCAAACUUUACCACAACCAAAACCAAUCUUAAGCAAAGAGCAAGACAUCUAUCCAUCAUUCAAUGUUACACCAAAACCAUCUGUACAAGCACUUUCAAAAAAUAGCAAGUUACCUUUACUUUUGUUGAAGAUGAGAUAUUUUUUAAAGAAAAUUUUGCUUAUUAUGUAAGAGAUUUUACUAGAACAUUAACUUUGAGCAUCGAUGCUUGAGAGAUCACAGUACAUUUUAGUCAAAUAGAUCUAAUCUCGUUGGUUUUCAUUGUCUGCCCUUAUUUACUAGAGAAAGUUUGAAACUGACUUACGAGGGAACAUUCCCAAGUGAUACCCGCUGUUUCAGCUCAUAUUGUGCCCAAAAGUAGAUCUCGGUAAGACUAGAGAAAGUCUAAAAGGGUUCGUGCCAUUGCGUCUUUGGAGCCGAGUUAUGCCUAAUUUACUGAAUUUUCGGCCCUUUUUAGGGUACUGAUCGAAAAAUCAAAUUACAAAGUUUCCAUCUGAAAUUUCUCACAUAGAUAGAUAUAGUUACACCUAGAAUAUCCUGAAAAUUUCAGCCGAAUAGAAUGUUCCUUUGUCGAGUUAUUGCAUUUUCAAUUAAACUCGACUUUUGUGAAAUAUCUGUCGCAAAUGACUAUUUUUUUGGAGAUCCAAUAUCUCCACAUAGGAACAUUCUAUUCGGCUGAAACUUUCAGGAUAUUCUUGGUGUAACUAUAUCUAUCUAUGUUAGAAUUUUCAGAUGGAAACUUCGUAAUUUGAUUUUUCGAUCAGUCCCCUAAAAAGGGCCGAAAAUUCAGUAAAUUAGGCAUAACUCGGCUCCAAAGACGCAAUGGCACGAACCCUUUUAGACUUUCUCUAGUCU